GUAUAGCAUCUGCACAGUAACAUCAUAAUUUUUCUCUUUAAUAUAAUACAUUUUUAGUAUAGGUAGAUACUUAAAUAUUUUUUAGCCGGUGUGUUAUUGGACAAUCGAUCGCGUACAUCGCACCAUACCGCAGACAUCGUACAAUUUUAUAAUAAUGUUCGUGAUGGAAGAAACGAAAUCGUUAAACUUGCGGUAUAAUGAGAUGUGUAACGAUUGGGACGGCUUACACGAGUGCCUAGAUCCUAAAAAGUACGAACAUGGUCAGUUGGUGCUGUCUUGGAAAAGACUGAACGUAUUUGUGGAAAAUAUCACACAGAAUUUUUUUAUUUCGUCAAAAAUCACUCGCCAACAAAUAUUGUACAACGUUAGUGGAAACGUGCAAUGUGGAAAUCUUCUAGGAAUAAUGGGCCCAAGUGGUUCGGGAAAAACUACUUUGAUGGCCACUAUAAGUCAUAGGACUAAAGGAAAUUUUGAUGGAGAACUGUUAUUGAAUGGUCGCCCGGUGUCCGAAGAAGUCAUGAUUAAAAUAUCCGGUUUCGUACCGCAACAAGACGUCACAUUUGAGCAGUUGACGACUUUAGAACAUUUGUAUUUAAUGGCGAAUCUAAAAAUGGACCGCCGAACAAGCAAAAUUGCACUUAAGGAUCGCGUCGACUAUACUGUUACUGCAUUGGGUAUGCGUGAAUUUCUGGACACUAGACUAUCCGCGUUAUCCGGUGGUGAACGUAAAAAAGUCGCUCUAGCCGUUCAGCUCUUGAACGAUCCGCCAAUACUGUUUUGCGACGAAGUAACCACAGGCCUGGACAGUUAUUCAGCCACACACACUGUCAACACACUAAAACGGAUCGCACGAACCGGUAAAAUUGUAAUUUGCACAAUCCACCAGCCCGCGUCCGGCGUAUUCGACAAGUUCGACGAGGUUAUUUUGCUGUCAAAUGGACGACUGGCGUAUCAGGGACCCGUCCCAAUGAUCAAUCAAUUGUUUCAAAAAUUCAAUUACAAAUGCCCAGAUUUGUACAACAAGGCAGAUUUUGUGAUUUCUAUUAUGAAUUCCGAUAGUGAACAAAUAAAAAGAAAUGUUGAUGAAAUGUGUAAGUUAUCUUCAACGGACAAACAAACGGAUUUCAAUUAUGAUUUAUUUAAUGACCAAGUACUAUUGGAUUAUACACAACAUUUACAAAUACAAAAACCAUUGUGGAUUAUACAGUUAAUAUUGAUUUUAAACAGAUCUAUCAAAUGUCUUCUAAGAAAUUACAAAAUAAAGCUACUGGAAUUGGGAACUAUAAUGUUUCUUGGUGUUAUGUUGUCAACGCCAUAUAUGGAUCUGAAGUUUGAUACUAAAGCCGUACAAAAUUGGCAAGGGUUUUGGUUCAGUCUCGUCACGAAUUCUAUUUUUCAAUAUUGUUAUACGUCUAUUAUAACCUAUCAAGUUGAAUUUCCAGUUGUCCAUCGAGAAGUCAGCAAUAAUAUUUAUGCAUUGAGUGUAUAUUAUAUUUCUCAAAUUGUCAUAACGCUUAUUUGGACAGUUCUAGAAACGAUGGUUUAUACAUAUUUGGUUUUUUGGGUAGUAGGUAUUAACUGGGAGCUAUUGGUUGUGACAACGUUCGUGAUAAAUAUGUUGAUCUGUAGAUCAUAUGGUAGUGUUCUAUCGGCUUUUUUCGAAAAAUUUGAAAAUAUUGUUAUAUUUUCAUUGGUGUAUGAUUAUCUAGCUGUAGCACUUAGUGGCGCCUACAUUUCACUUGGAACAUUGCCAUUUUUAUUGUAUUAUUUGAAAUAUUUAUCAAUAUUUUUUCUUGGCUGUGAAACAUUAUCUAUAUUACAAUGGAAAAACAUCACAUUCAUACCAUGCCUAGACCUUAAUAACUGUUUGCGCAACGGCAAGGAAGUUUUGUUAAGUUACGGCUACGACAUUGAUCGCUUCAACACAGAUAUGAUCAUUUUAGGAGUAUUUUACGUUGUUUGCUACAUGCUUGGAUAUUAUGGAUUACUUAGAAGAACAAAAAAACAACCUGCUUAUUGAAUCAAAACUGAAAUAAAUAAUUUUGUUUUUACUGUUAAGUACAAGUAUACAUACGUAUGUACUCGAUAGAUACAUUCAUUCCUAACCUAUGAUUUAUUAUAUCGAGUUUUAUCAUAAGCCUAAAAUAAUGUCAAAAUACUCAGAAUCUAUACAAUUGUACUUAGGUAUAAAUAUUUAUAAGAUAAAUGAUUGUUUAACGCAAACUUACAAACACAAAACAA